AUGUCUCCGGACAUCAAUUCUCUACCCCCAUCUCGCUCGGCAUCUGCUUCCCCACGCCAACGACGCACACUCUCCAGUCUAUUGGACGCUCUAGCUCCCACCCAGCCUCUCCCGGUUUCUUCGGCUGGCUCUUCAAACCCAACCCACAACAACGGUAACAACCACUACUACAACAGUAACACCACGAUCACUGACCUGCCGCGCCGCCAUCACCCAAUAACCAUGUCAGAGCGCCGCCGGUCUGGAAACCUGAACCUCAACAGUAGCAAUAAUAGCUAUAGUGAGUCGGGUGGCGUAGAUAUCCCGUCGCCCUCUGAUCAUCGGUCUUCCAUCGGCCACGGGCUUCGCAACUCCAGCCCCUCCAACCUCGGCGGUAGUCCCGUUAUUGGUACGGGUGAUCCCCAUCAUCAGCGCACUCCUUCACUUGGGGAGCUGCAUCAGGAGCUUGAACAAGAACAGGAAGCGCAAGUGAACCGGCUUCUACAAACUAUCCGGUCCCAACAGGUUCGGCUUCAGCACCUUGAACAGCAGCACCAGCAAUCUGCAAUUGACGACGCUCCUCUUUCCUCGGAGCGCGCAACGUCAUCUUUCCCCCCAGCUGCAGCACUCUCUACGGCUGGCAGCAGAACUUCAACUCAGUUGACCUCUUCUUUGUCAAGUCGUCGUCCAAGUCAGGCAUACUCUCCUAGCCUCCGCCCGGCCGACUUAUCCCGUGGCCCGGACACUUCAGAGUGGGUCCCGACCCCCGGUGAGGGACGGCGGGGUAGCCGAGACGAAAGUAGCUUCUACCAAGCCGAAGCCACGGCUCUCGCAAGAGAGAACCAGAUACUACGGCAGCGUGUUCGAGAAUUAGAACGCCAAGUGAGCGAGCUAAACACCAACUUGACAGCUUCGUCUCAAACGCCCGAUGAGCCUAAUAUUGGAGUACCCCAGGUAGCAGCGGGAGCGGGAUCUGAUGGCGAGGCGUCAGACAAAACAUGA